GUGGUAUCUUAACCUCUUAGGGCUCAAUUUAAUUUAAUGCAUUUCAGGCUCUUAUCACCUUCCCAUUUUAAAAUCUAUAUAAUACAAAAACUACAAAGAACUGAUACAUUUCCUUUGAAUCAUUGUAAAGCAAAAAAUGUUAAACUUCAAUAGGUUUGUUGCUCUUAUUUACAGCUCCAAAAAAGCUGAAUUGGUAAAGUAUUAAACAGAAAAAAUGGGAAGAUUUCUUUUUUUCUUUCUUUCACUUAACAAUUCAAAUAAGUUACACCAGUCAUAAUAAGGACUACCAGGCUGAAAUUCACAGGAUAUUUCUAUCAACAUGUCUACAGUAUCUGGACCAAAUUUCAGGUUAAUAGACAGAAGUGGCUCUGAGAUAUUUCAGAAAGAGCAGUAAUGAGCAUCUCCAGCAGAUGGCUACAGAGCUCUCUAAAACCUCUUUAAAGUUAAUAAAUAAUGAUGAUAAAUAUCUUUAAUGAUGCUGAAAAAUCUCCCUAAAUGUUAAAGUUGAUUAUAAAAAGAAGUUCUUAAUACUUAGAUAAAGAUUUACAUAUUUAUUAUCAUUGAAUCAUGUCUCCUUUCACAGAUAAAACAGUUUCUCUCUUGUGUGGGUGUCUCAGCACCACAGAAAGUCCAACUACAUUAACUUCCAUAUGUGGUUCGGCAGGUAAUUUAAGUGACUACAAACUCAGAGUAUUUUCACGGUGCAGAGUUUCCAUUGGAUAAAAGCAGCUGUCAAUCAAACACACGUGGAGCUCGCGUACAGAUGCGCUCCUCUGAUUGGUUGAUAGAGUUAAAAGUCUUGAAAGUUCAUCACUUUAGUUCGCAGCAAGAUGCGGAUUGGUUAGUUUUGUUGCUGGGCGUUUACUGAUCUCACUGAUACUGAACAUAAUUGGUCAAAUCUGUUAUCGAUCAGUUAAAUUGACCAAAAUGUCGCUGUUUCAGAAGUUUGACGAGCUGCGCUAAAACUAGACGAAGGAAAUAAUUCACGUUUAUUCAGAUGUAAAUCUCGGGUCGCAUGCAACCUCUGCAUCUUAAAAGGUUAAAAGACAGAACAGCUGAAAACAUCCCAGGUGCAGCUCCAGAGCCAUACAUCACAACACUUGAUGAAACAGAGGAUGGGAUGCUGUUGCGGUGUGUAGUUCGAGGUGCUUUUCCAAAACCUGAGGUAGUAUGGCAGGACAGUGAUGGAAACAUCCUUCCUGCUGAGGAUCCACAGGUGUCAGAAAGAGGAGGCACUUACAACAUCUUUCUCCAAACUACUGUGAACAAAGCCGGCCGCUUCCGCUGUGUAGCCACACAGAAGGAAAUCAACCAUCAGAUUUAUGCUGAGACAUAUGUUCCUUUAAAAGGUUCCUCCACUGGACUGGUUGUUACUAUUGUGGUUCUUUGUGUUGUUGUUCUUGCUCUACUUGGGAUUGAAGCCAGACGGAGGUGCUGCCGGUCCAAACAAUCAACAGGAGAUUUUCCAGCUUGAAACCUGCCUUGAAGCUGGCUGCUGAAGUGUGUUUUUGUUGUUGUAUUUUGAUUUUUGUGAGGAUCAGUUUGAGUUUUAGACCAAAGAGUGAAGACAUUUUUGAAGCAGUCGGGUCAUUUUGUCCAGUUCUCAUUUAUCCAAAGGAUGGUUUUUAAGUUGAGGUCUGAUUUUAGGUUUAAAGAUAGAAAUAGACGACUGUAUAAACCUGUUAACUGAAAGAUUAAACUUCCUGUCUGACUGCAGCAGGACCAGGAGGAGGCAGUGUAGCAACAACAUGACAUCAAAUAUAAAACACUGAAAUGCCUCAAACAGAGAACAGAACAGUUUCUGCUACUGACCUUAAACUUGUUUUUUUCAUAACCACAAUCCCAAACAUUUAACCUCAUUAAGUCAUACUAUAGUAACCUCACUAACAUUUUGUUGGAAUAAUUGAGAGAAAGCAAACACUGGUAUGAAAGGUUACACUUGAAAAAGUCCAAAACUAACCUUUAAAUGUUCAAAAAUGUCAUAGAAUUUAAUUUGGACAUUUGCAGAAUUUCACUGUUCUGUCUGGUGAUAAGUUUUGAUAAAAUUUGCUGUAAAUAUGCUGAGUUAACCAAAAGUCUGAUUUUCAUCCACAGUCCCUCAACAGGUGUUACAUAGUUAAUCUAAAAUAGUGCAUUUAAAUAUAUAAAACACAUAAUAAAAUAGAACAAACAUAUGAAGAGCAGUUUUUUAAAAGACUGGAGUUAACAGGCUGAUGGCAGCAGAGUAUUUACCUUUUAAUGCUGACAGAACUGAUUGUCAUUGAGCCUUCCUUUAAUUAGAAUUAUAUUAACUGUAUGUGUUUAAUACUCUGAUGGAAAACUAAUACAGUCUAAUACAACAGGCCUGCAGUAAAUCCUGCCUUCAUCAAGGGUCUAAUGUUCAGUUUUUGUUGAACCUGUAUGACAGAGGUGUCGACUCAACUUGAGUUAUUUUGGAGGCUUUAGUUUGUGGUGCUGUUGAAUUGUAUUGGGUUUUAUACUGAGAGGUGUUUUCAACUCAUUGAGUCAACAGUGUCACAAACUACAGCCUCCAAAAUGAACAUAAAGUUGAUUUAACACCUUUUAGAAAACAAAGUUAGCAAAAGUUGAACAUUAAACCUUCUAUAAAGUUAUGAGAUUACAGCAGGUUGUUGUAUUAAAACUGCAUCAGUUUUAGCUUGUGUGCCUAAUAAACUGCAACAGAGAGUAGUUCCACUCUUGUGCUUUGAAGAAAACUCAGACUAAGAGCAGACUCAGUCAUUUCCUCUCUGAUUCUUUGCUCUGUUGUGUUUUUAUUGUUUUAUUUUAGUAUUUUGAUGGUUUAUUAUCACCUCAUUAUGCAUUUCAGUUUUAUUCUGGCUCUGUUGUCCAUGUACAAUAGAUUGAUCUCAUUCAUAAAAUGGUUUAAUGUCAAGCUGAAGUACAACUAUAAAACCAUCCACUGGACUGUUGAUGAGAACAUUAUAGUUCAUAGAUAAAUGACAUGAACCUGCAUAGAAACACAAUCAAACUACCUGAGACAGUUUGUGAUUAGUCAUUUUGGAUGUAAGACUUAAACAGAAUGAAAAAUAAAAAAUGUGAUAGUGAGGUAGCAAAACAGGAUAAUCAAACAAUUACUGAAAAUAAAAAUCAACACACAACAGAAUUAAAGUGAAGUGAGUUAAAAAGGGACCAAACUCUGUCCAGUCCCUGCUGCUCCUGUCCUCAGCCUGCAGCCUGCAUGGUAGCUCACUGCCAUCAGUGUGUUUAUGAGUGUUAAUGGAUGAAUGAGAGAAAAAUCGUAAAGCACUUUGGAUAAAAGUACUAUAUAGAUGCAGCCCAUUAGCAAAUAUUAUCAUACUGCUCUAAAGAUCCUCACUGACUUGAGCAUUAAGAAAAAUAUAAGAUUUCACUGAACUGAAGCCUGCUGUUGUGCUUUGAAAUGUGAAUAUUUUGCAGCUAAACUGAAAUAAAAUGUGACUUAAUUUCUUUUGAAUUAGCAUUUUUGAAUGAGCAUGAUUUAUUUCUUUGUAUUUUUUAAUGUUCUCAGCCAGAAUCAGUCAGUUACAGUUUCAUACUGAACUAUAAACUGUUGACUGAUCUUUGAAUCGUGCUGAAAGUUCAUGUAUGUUCAUGUUUACUGAUGAUGCACUUGCAGGUUAUCGUGUAAUUUCAGGCAGUUCUUCAUCGUUUUUGUUCAAACGUUUGAAUAAAACAUGAAAAAUGUCAAA